AUGGGUGCCCAGAGCGGGUGCCGGGCCCUGGCGUGGGCCCUUGUGGUCCUGCCCUUGGUGCAGAAGGCAGGCCACUCGCCUGUGUGUCUCCUGCUGACACUGCACAGCGUGUCCUCCGUGGGGCCCUGCAUGCCCCAGACUCCUGGUCCCCCCGGAGCGCCCAGCCUGCGCUGGGAGAACUUAGGUCCCCCUGGGGAAACUGAGGGUCUCAGCCUCCGGGAUGGGACGGGGGGGGGCUCUGGAGACCCAGAGCGGCACGGAGCAGAGCUGGGCGAGUCAGGAGGCCACCGUGAACGGGUAGCCAGUGAGGAGGACGGGGGCCCUGGGAAGGGGUGUCCUGGCCGGUCUCUGGCCGGUCUCUGCCCGGCCAUGUUCGGGUGUGACCUGGCUCACUCUGCAGCCCAGCGUGUGACCUUCAUCCCGCCCAUCACUGGCUUCCCCACCAUGAGCUGUAAGUGGUCGCCGCCCACUGCCCCCAGGGUCAGGGGUGUUUGCCAGCCUCAGGGGGUGGUCACAGACCUGGGGCGCGCACUCCCCACAGCCCCGAACGCGGCGCACGGCGGGCGGGUGUGCAGCACGUGGGGCGACUUCCACUACAAGACCUUCGACGGCGACGUCUUCCGCUUCCCCGGGCUGUGCAACUACGUCUUCUCCGCGCACUGCGGUGCCGCCUACGAGGACUUCAACCUCCAGCUCCGCCGCGGCCUGGUGGGCUCCAGGCCCACGGUCACCCACAUCAUCCUCAAGACGCAGGGGCUGGUGCUGGAGGUCUCCAACGGGUCCAUCCUGGUCAACGGGCGGCGGGAGGAGUUGCCCUACAGCCGCGCCGGCCUCCUGGUGGAGGAGAGCAGUGCCUAUGUCAAGGUCAACAUCCGGCUGAUGCUGACCUUCACGUGGAACGGAGAGGACAGCGCCCUGCUGGAGCUGGACCCCAGGUACGCCAACCAGACCUGCGGCCUGUGCGGGGACUUCAACGGGCUCCCGGCCAUCAGCGAGUUCUAUGCCCACAAUGCCAGGCUGACCCCUGUACAGUUUGGGAACCUGCAGAAGCUGGAUGGGCCCACGGAGCAGUGCCAGGACCCCCUGCCCUCCCCAGCUGACAACUGCACAGAUGGAGAGGGCAUCUGUCGCCAAACCCUGCUGGGUCCAGCCUUUGCUCAGUGCCACAGGCUGGUGGAUGCCGAGGUGUACGUGGCCACCUGCACCCAGGACCUGUGCCGCUGCCCCACCUGCCCAUGUGCCACCUUCGCGGAGUACUCUCGCCAGUGUGCCCACGCCGGGGGACAGCCGCAGAGCUGGAGGGGCCCUGACCUCUGCCCCCAGACGUGCCCGCUGAACAUGCAGCACCAGGAGUGUGGCUCACCCUGCGCGGACACCUGCUCCAACCCCGAGCGCUCCCAGCUCUGCGAGGACCACUGCGUCGACGGCUGCUUCUGCCCCCUAGGCAGGUCCUGCACGGUGCUGGACGACGUCACCCACUCGGGCUGCCUGCCCCUGCGGCAGUGCCCCUGCACCCACGGCGGCCGCCCCUACGCCCCGGGGGCCUCCUUCACCACCAGCUGCAGCUCCUGCACCUGCUCCGGGGGACUAUGGCAGUGCCAGGACCUCCCGUGCCCGGGCAUCUGCUCCGUCCAGGGCGGGUCCCACAUCUCCACCUACGAUGAGAAACUCUAUGAUGUGCAUGGGGACUGCAGCUACGUCCUAACCAAGAUAUGUGCAGGCAACGCCCUCACCGUGCUGGCCGAGCUGCGGAGAUGCGGCCUGACGGACAACGAGAACUGCCUCAGAGCAGUGAUGCUGAGCUUGAGCGGAGGGGACACGGCCAUCCAGAUCCAGGCCAACGGCGGGGUGUUCGUGAACUCCAUCUACACGCAGCUGCCCGUGUCAGUGGCCAACAUCACCGUCUUCAGGCCGUCAUCCUUCUUCAUCCUGGUGCAGACGGGCCUCGGGCUGCAGCUGCAGGUGCAGCUGGUGCCCCUCAUGCAGGUGUUCCUCAGGCUGGACCCCUCCUACCAGGGCCAGAUGUGUGGCCUGUGCGGGAACUUCAACCGGAACCAGGCCGACGACUUCCGGACCAUCAGCGGCGUGGUGGAGGGCACGGCCGCCGCCUUCGCCAACACCUGGAAGACGCAGGCCGCCUGCCCCAACGUCAAGAACGGCUUCGAGGACCCCUGCUCCCUCAGCGUGGAGAACGAGAACUACGCCCAGCACUGGUGCUCCCUGCUGACUGACCCUGCCGGGGCCUUCUCGUCCUGCCACUCUGUCAUCAACCCUGGGCCCUUCCACUCGAACUGCAUGUUCGACACGUGCAGCUGCGAGAAGAGUGAGGACUGCAUGUGCGCGGCCCUGUCCUCCUACGUGCGGGCCUGCGCCGCCCGGGGUGUGCUGCUCGGCGGCUGGCGGGACGGCGUGUGCAACAAGUACGUGAGCAGCUGCCCCAAGACCCAGAGCUACGCCUACGUGGUGGACAGCUGUCAGCCCACCUGCCGCUCCCUAAGCCAGGCCGAUGUCACCUGCGACGUGGCCUUCGUGCCCGUGGACGGCUGCACCUGCCCCUCGGGCACCUUCCUGGACGACACCGGUGACUGCGUGCCCGCCGAGGCCUGCCCCUGCUACGCCCGUGGCUCCGUGCUGGCCCCCGGGGAGGUCCUGCACGACAGCGGUGUGGUGUGUUCAUGUGCGAGCGGGAAGCUGAGCUGCCUGGGAGCCGUGGAGGAGAGCACAGGGUGCGUGGCCCCCAUGCUGUUCCUGGAUUGUAGCAACGCCUCCGCGGACACGCCCGGGGCCGAGUGUGUGCGGAGCUGCCACGUGCUGGAUGUAGACUGUUUCAGCACUCGCUGUGUGUCGGGCUGCGUCUGCCCCGCGGGGCUGCUGGCCGAUGGGAGCGGGGGCUGUGUGGCCGAGGAGGACUGCCCCUGCCUGCACAACGAGGCCGCCUACCAGCCCGGGGAGACCAUCAGGGUCGACUGUAACACCUGCACCUGCAGGGGCCGCAGGUGGGAGUGCAGCCGCCGGCCCUGCCUGGGCACCUGCGUGGCCUAUGGGGACGGCCACUUCAUCACCUUUGACGGCGAGCGCUACAGCUUUGAGGGGAGCUGUGAGUACACGCUGGCCCAGGACUACUGUGCAGGCAACAAUGCCAGCAAUGGGAGCUUCCGCAUCGUCACCGAGAACGUCCCCUGCGGGACCACGGGCGUCACCUGCUCCAAGGCCAUCAAGAUCUUCCUGGAGGUGGGGGCGCCUGGGAACCGUCUCCCUCCCUCUGCAGCCCUGUUGGAGCCCUGGCCGGGGCCCCUGGACCUCCAGCUGUGCCACCGCCUCCCCUGUGCCCCUCUGCAGAACUAUGAGCUGAUCCUCCACGAGGGUUCCUACAAGGUGGUGCAGAGGGGGCCAGGCGGAGACCUGCCCUACAAGAUCCGUUACAUGGGCAUCUACCUGGCCGUCGAGACCCGCAGUGGCAUGGUCGUGUCCUGGGACCGGAAGACCAGCGUGUUUAUUCGGCUGCACCAGGAGUACAAGGGGAGGGUCUGCGGCCUGUGUGGGAACUUUGACGACAAUGCCCUCAACGACUUCACCACGCGGAGCCAGUCCGUGGUGGGCGACGCGCUGGAGUUCGGCAACAGCUGGAAAUUCUCGCCGUCCUGCCCGGACGCCCAGGCCCCCAAGGACCCCUGCGCCGCCAACCCGUACCGCAAGCCCUGGGCCCAGAAGCAGUGCAGCAUCGUCAACAGCGCCACCUUCCGCGCCUGCCGUUCUCAGGUCGACUCCACCAGGUACUACGAGGCCUGCGUGAGUGACGCGUGCGCCUGCGACUCGGGGGGCGACCGCGAGUGUUUCUGCACGGCCGUGGCCGCCUACGCCCAGGCCUGCCACGAAGCGGGCGUGUGCGUGUCCUGGCGGACCCCGGACAUCUGCCCCCUGUUCUGCGACUACUACAACCCACAAGGGGAGUGCGAAUGGCACUACCAGCCCUGCGGGGCCCCCUGCCUGAGGACCUGCCGGAACCCCAGCGGGCAUUGCCUGAUGGACCUGCCAGGCCUGGAAGGCUGCUACCCAAAGUGCCCGCCCAGCAAGCCGUUCUUCAAUGAGGACGAGAUGAAGUGCGUGGCCCAGUGUGGGGGCUGCUAUGACGAGGACGGAAACUACCAUGAUGCCGGCACCAGGGUCCCCACGGCGGAGAACUGCCAGAGCUGUGACUGCACCUCCGGAGGCCUCCAGUGCACAUACAGCCCUGCGGCCUGUACGUGCACCUACGAGGGCAGAACUUAUGCCUACGGGGACGUCAUCUACAACACGACCGACGGGCUGGGCGCCUGCCUGAUUGCCAUCUGCAGAGACAAUGGAACCAUUGUCCGAAAGGACGAGGAGUGUCCUGGAACCCUGUCCCCAACGCCCUUCACCUUCACCAGCACUGCGGCUCCGCCCUCCACCACAGGCGCGGUCCCCACGCCCUCCACCGUGUGUGUGCAGGAGCGCUGCCGCUGGUCCGACUGGUACGACAGCGGACGUCCAGAGCUGGGCAUGGGAGGGGGAGACUUCGAGACAUUCGAGAACCUGAGGCAGAGGGGCUACCGGUUCUGCCCGGCCCCAGCGCAUGUCGAGUGCCGGGCCCAGCAGUUCCCGGAUAUGCCUUUGGAGAAGCUGGGCCAGAAGGUGGAGUGUGGCCAGGCCCGGGGGCUGACCUGCCUCAACAGCGAGCAGAACCCCCCGCUCUGCCACAACUACGAGCUGAGGGUCCUCUGCUGCGACUACGUGCCCUGCAGCACCAGCCCGGCCCCGGGCACCAGCCAGCGGCCAUCCUCCCAGCCCCUGCCCACCUCCACCCAGACCACACCCACCAGAGGAACCACCCUCCUGUCCAUGGCGCCCUCCGCCUCACAGACCCCAUCUGCCAAGCCUGCCUCAACCGUGACCCGAGUGGGCAGCAGCUCUGUGGUCCCGGCUACCACCACGUGUGAGCCCCGCUGUCAGUGGACGGAGUGGUUUGACGAGGACUACCCCAAGUCCGAGGAGGCCGGGGGGGACGUUGAGUCCUACGACAAGAUCAGGCGUGCGGGAGGGGCCGUGUGCGAGCAGCCCCAGGGCAUAGAGUGCCAGGCCGAAAACUUCCCCGACGUCAGGCUGGAGGAGCUGAAUCAGCGCGUGCACUGUGACGUCAGCUUUGGCCUGGUCUGCAGGAACGACGAGCAGGUGGGCCUGUUCAAGAUGUGCUACAACUACAAAAUCCGCGUGCUGUGCUGUGGGUACGGCCACUGCGGGGAGCCCACGUCCCCCACUGCCACUGCCACCUCAUCCACUGUCACAGCCACCACUGUGGCCACCUCUACAGCCACCAUUGCCAUCACAUCCACUGCCACAGCCCCCACUGCCACCGCAUCCACUGUCACAGCCCGCACGGCCACCACCUCCACAGCCCCCACUGCGGCCACCUCUACAGCCCCCACUGCCACCGCAUCCACUGCCACAGCCCCCACUGCCACCGCAUCCACAGCUACAGUCACCACUGUGGCCACCUCUACAGCUCCCACUGCCACCACAUCCACUGCCACAGCCCCCAUGGCCACUACCUCCACUGCCACAGCCACUACUGUGGCCAUCUCUACAGCCACCACUGCCACCACAUCCACUGCCACAGCCCCCACUGCCACCGCAUCCACUGCCACAGCCACCACUGUGGCCACCUCUACAGCUCCCACUGCCUCCACUGCCACAGCCCCCACGGCCACUACCUCCACUGCCACAGCCACUACGGUGACCAUCUCUACAGCCCCCACUGCCACCAUAUCCACUGCCACAGCCCCGACUGCCACCACAUCCACUGCCACAGCCACCACUGUGGCCACCUCUACAGCCACCAUUGCCACCACAUCCACUGCCACAGCCCCUAUGGCCACCACCUCCACAGCAACCACUGUGGCCACCUCUACAGCCACCAUUGCCACCACAUCCACUGCCACAGCCCCCACUGCCACUGCAUCCACUGCUACAGCCCCCACUGUGGCCACCUCUACAGCCCCCACUGCCACCACAUCCACUGCCACAGCCCUUAUGGCCACCACCUCCACAGCAACCACUGUGGCCACCUCUACAGCCACCACUGCAGCCACCUCCACUGCCACAGCCACCACCCCCAUAGCCCCCAUGUCCCCCACUGCCACUGCCACAGCCACCACUGCCACAACCUCCACUGCUACAGUCACCACUGCAGCCACCUCCACUGCUGCCAUUGCCACAGUGGCCACCUCUGCUGCCACAGCCCUCACGUCCCCCACUGCCUCCAGCACCACCACCGCUGUGUCACCAGCCACGCAGCCCAGGACACGGCCAGGGAGCACAGGGGUGACCAGGUCCCCCGCCAGCAGUGCCACACCAGUACCUUCCCUUUCCACGGGACUGACAGCCCAAGUGACAUCCUCGAGGCCCAGCCACACAGGCACGCUCCCAGUGUCUGCCACGUCGGUCCUCCUGACUCACACAGCCUCAAGGGGGCCGACCCCGGCGUCGGUGAUGACGCAAACCUCCACGUCUCAGCCGUUGACGGGAACAGCAGUGGGCAAAACGGGCACCACCUCCACUGGCCCGCUGUCCACCUCGCACCCUGAGACCAGCAUGCCGGGAACCCCGGUGUCGACGGGCACCACCACGUGUGAGCCCCGCUGUCAGUGGACAGAGUGGUUUGACGAGGACUACCCCAAGUCCGAGGAGGCAGGGGGGGACGUUGAGUCCUACGACAAGAUCAGGCGUGCGGGAGGGGCCGUGUGCGAGCAGCCCCAGGGCAUAGAGUGCCAGGCCGAAAACUUCCCCGACGUCAGGCUGGAGGAGCUGAAUCAGCGCGUGCACUGUGACGUCAGCUUCGGCCUGGUCUGCAGGAACGACGAGCAGGUGGGCCUGUUCAAGAUGUGCUACAACUACAAAAUCCGUGUGCUGUGCUGUGGGUACGGCCACUGCGGGGAGCCCACGUCCCCCACUGCCACUGCCACCGCAUCCACUGUCACAGCCCGCACGGCCACCACCUCCACUGCCACAGCCACCACUGUGGCCACCUCUACAGCCACCACUGCCACCACAUCCACUGCCACAGCCCCCACUGCCACCGCAUCCACUGCUACAGUCACCACUGUGGCCACCUCUACAGCCACCACUGCCACCGCAUCCACUGCCACAGCCCCCACUGCCACCGCAUCCACUGCUACAGUCACCACUGUGGCCACCUCUACAGCCCCCACUGCCACCACAUCCACUACCACAGCCCCCACUGCCACCGCAUCCACUGCCACCGCAUCCACUGCCACAGCCCCCACUGCAGCCACCUCCACUGCCACCGCCCCCACCCCCAUGGCCUCCACGUCCCCCACCACCACUGCCACAGCCCCCACUGCCACAACCUCCACUGCUAGAGUCACCACUGCAGCCACCUCCACUGCUGCCAUUGCCACAGCAGCCACCUCUGCUGCCACAGCCCCCACGUCCCCCACUGCCUCCAGCACCACCACCACUGUGCCACCAGCCACACAGCCCACAACAUGGCCGGGGAGCACAGGGGUGACCAGGUCCCCCACCAGCAGUGCCACACCAGCGUCUUCCCUUUCCACGGGACUGACAGCCCGAGUGACAUCGAGUCCCAGCCACACAGGCACGCUCCCAGUGUCUGCCACGGGGAGCCUCACAUCUCCCCCAGGGUCCACAGAGCCCACCGUCCCACGGAGGGCCACAUCGGUCCUCCCGACUCACACAGCCUCAAGGGGGCCCACCCCGACGUCGGUGACGAUGGAAACCUCCACGUCUCAGCUGCUGACGGGAACAGCAGUGGGCACAACGGGCACCAGCUCCACCGGCCCGCUGUCCACUUCGCACCCUGAGACCAGCAUGCCGGGAAUCCCGGUGUCGACGGCCACCACUGGGGCCACCACCAGCCAGGGCACAACCAGCUGUCAACCCAAGUGCCAAUGGACAGAGUGGUUUGACGUGGACUUCCCCACCUCGGGGGUCAGGGGUGGAGACAUGGAAACCUAUGACAAUAUCCGGGCUGCGGGCGGCAAGAUGUGUCAGCAGCCGCAGAAGAUUGAAUGCCGGGCGGAGAGCUACCCCGAGGUGAGCAUCGAUCAGAUCGGGCAGGUGCUCAGCUGCAGCCUGGAGGUCGGGCUGGUCUGCAGGAACGAAGACCAGAGGGGGCAGUUCACCAUGUGCUUCAACUACAACAUCCGUGUGUACUGCUGCGAUGAUGUCCGGCACUGCCCCACCACGGCUACCCCCUACCUCACCUCCACCACACUGCCCGCCACCAGCAGCUCCACAGCCACGGUGCCAUGGCCCUCGACCUCUGCCACGACCCAGACCCAACCCACCUCCACCGCACCGCCUGCCACUGGCAGAUCCACGGCCACAGUGCCAAGUCCCUCGAUCUCUGCAGUGACCCAGACAGGUGCCCCCACCACGGCCCCUCCAACUGCGCACAUUCACGAGACCACCUUCGGGACCACCCUCCUCCCCACCACCGUGACGCCCAACACUAGGGCUACCACCUACACCCGCUCCCUGCACCCCACAGCCUCUCCUCAGGUCACAGAGCUCCCCACCAGGCCCUUCGAGACCACACCCGGACCCCCCAUCACGACACCCAGCACAGGCCACGCCACCUCCAGCACAGGGGCGGGCACCAGAGCCUCCGUAUCCACCCGCAUGCCUGAGCCCAGCACCUCCUCACUGGGCACCACCCUCGGCUCCUCCAUGGCCACCUCCACAGCCACGGUGUCCUCGCAGAAGACCCACACCUCCAGCACCCCGCUGGUCACCACGUCCCCAGAGACCGGGUCCACGGCCUGUCAGCCUCGCUGUGCCUGGACAGACUGGCUGGACCAGAGCUACCCGAUGCCGGGGGCCUCUGGGGGGGACUUCGAGACCUAUGCUAAUAUCCAGGCGGCCGGUGGGGCCAUCUGCCAGCAGCCUCUGCAGCUGCAGUGCCGGGCCGAGGCCCUGCCUGAGGAGGCCCUGCAGGAUCUGGGCCAGGUGGUGCAGUGCCGGCUGGAGGAGGGCCUGGUGUGCCGGAACCGAGACCAGAGUAGCCUGAUGUGCCUCAACUACCAGAUUCGCGUGUUCUGCUGCGACCACAGCCACUGCCCCAGCCCCACCAGUCCCACGUCCACCACGCCGGCCCCCUCACCCUCCACCAUCAGCACCAGCACUGGCAGUCUGUCAUCGAAGGUCACCACCCAGACGCACCUCUCCUCCCCAGGGACGAUCAAGAGGGUCUCCACCCCCACAACUCUGACAGGUCCCUUCUCCACAGGGACCACCCAGAGCAUCUCCUCCACCACCCGUAUGACAGGUCCCUCCUCCACGGGGACCACUAAGAAGGUCUACACCUCCACCAGUGUGACAGGUCCCUUCUCCACGGGGACCACCAAGAGGGUCUAUGCCACCACCAGUGUGACAGGUCCCUCCUCCACAGGGACCAGGCAGAGUGUCUACACCUCCACCCGUGUGACAGGUCCCUUCUCCACUGGGACAACCCAGAGGGUCUCCAGCCCCACCACUCUGACAGGUCCCUCCUCCACGGGGACCACCCAGAGGGUCUCCACCCCCACCCGUAUGACAGGUCCCUUCUCCACGGGGACCACCAAAAGGGUCUAUGCCUCCACCAGUGUGACAGGUCCCUCCUCCGUGGGGACCACACAGAGUGUCUACACCUCCACCAGUGUGACAGGUCCCUUCUCCACGGGGAACACGCAGAGUGUCUCCACCCCUACCACUCUGACAGGUCCCUCCUCCAUGGGGACCACCAAGAGGGUCUCCACCCCCACCCGUGUGACAGGUCCCUCCUACCCUGGAACCACCCAGAGGGUCUCCUCCCCCACCAUUCUGACAGGUCCCUCCUCCAUGGAGACCACCCAGAGGGUCUCCACCACCACCCCUCUGACAGGUCCCUCCUCCACGGGGACCACCAAGGGGGUCUCCACCACCACCCCUCUGACAGGUCCCUCCUCCACGGGGACCACCAAGGGGGUCUCCACCACCACCCAUGUGACAGGUCCCUCCUCCACGGGGACCACGAAGAGGGUCUCCACCACCACCCCUCUGACAGGUCCCUCCUACCCUGGAACCACCCAGAGGGUCUCCUCCCCCACCAUUCUGACAGGUCCCUCCUCCACGAGGACCACCCAGAGGGUCUCCACCCCCACCCCUCUGACAGGUCCCUCCUCCACGGGGACCACCCAGAGGGUCUCCACCACCACCCCUCUGACAGGUCCCUCCUCCACGGGGACCACCCAGAGGGUCUCCACCGCCACCCCUCUGACAGGUCCCUCCUCCACGGGGACCACCAAGGGGGUCUAUGCCUCCACCAGUGUGACAGGUCCCUUCUCCACAGGGAACACGCAGAGUGUCUCCACCCCUACAACUCUGACAGGUCCCUCCUCCACGGGGACCACCAAGAGGGUCUCCACCCCCACCCGUGUGACAGGUCCCUCCUACCCUGGAACCACCCAGAGGGUCUCCUCCCCCACCAUUCUGACAGGUCCCUCCUCCACGGGGACCAGCCAGAGGGUCUCCACCCCCACCCCUCUGACAGGUCCCUCCUCCAUGGAGACCACCCAGAGGGUCUCCACCACCACCCCUCUGACAGGUCCCUCCUCCACAGGGACCACCAAGGGGGUCUCCACCACCACCCCUCUGACAGGUCCCUCCUCCACGGGGACCACCAAGGGGGUCUCCACCACCACCCAUGUGACAGGUCCCUCCUCCACUGGGACCACGAAGAGGGUCUCCACCACCACCCCUCUGACAGGUCCCUCCUACCCUGGAACCACCCAGAGGGUCUCCUCCCCCACCAUUCUGACAGGUCCCUCCUCCACGAGGACCACCCAGAGGGUCUCCACCCCCACCCCUCUGACAGGUCCCUCCUCCACGGGGACCACCCAGAGGGUCUCCACCCCCACCCCUCUGACAGGUCCCUCCUCCACGGGGACCACCCAGAGGGUCUCCACCGCCACCCCUCUGACAGGUCCCUCCUCCACGGGGACCACCAAGGGGGUCUAUGCCUCCACCAGUGUGACAGGUCCCUUCUCCACAGGGAACACGCAGAGUGUCUCCACCCCUACAACUCUGACAGGUCCCUCCUCCACGGGGACCACCAAGAGGGUCUCCACCCCCACCCGUGUGACAGGUCCCUCCUACCCUGGAACCACCCAGAGGGUCUCCUCCCCCACCAUUCUGACAGGUCCCUCCUCCACGGGGACCAGCCAGAGGGUCUCCACCCCCACCCCUCUGACAGGUCCCUCCUCCAUGGAGACCACCCAGAGGGUCUCCACCACCACCCCUCUGACAGGUCCCUCCUCCACAGGGACCACCAAGGGGGUCUCCACCACCACCCCUCUGACAGGUCCCUCCUCCACGGGGACCACCAAGGGGGUCUCCACCACCACCCAUGUGACAGGUCCCUCCUCCACGGGGACAACCCAGAGGGUCUCCUCCGCUACCACUCUGACAGGUCCCUCCUCCAUGGGGACCACCAAGGGGGUCUCCACCACCACCCAUGUGACAGGUCCCUCCUCAACGGGGACCACCAAGGGGGUCUAUGCCUCCACCAGUGUGACAGGUCCCUUCUCCACAGGGAACACGCAGAGUGUCUCCACCCCUACCACGCUGACAGGUCCCUCCUCCACGGGGACCACCAAGAGGGUCUCCACCCCCACCCGUGUGACAGGUCCCUCCUACCCUGGAACCACCCAGAGGGUCUCCUCCCCCACCAUUCUGACAGGUCCCUCCUCCACGAGGACCAGCCAGAGGGUCUCCACCACCACCCCUCUGACAGGUCCCUCCUCCACGGGGACCACCCAGAGGGUCUCCACCACCACCCCUCUGACAGGUCCCUCCUCCAUGGGGACCACCAAGGGGGUCUCCACCACCACCCAUGUGACAGGUCCCUCCUCCACGGGGACCACCAAGAGGGUCUCCACCAUCACCCCUCUGACAGGUCCCUCCUCCAUGGGGACCACCAAGGGGGUCUCCACCACCACCCAUGUGACAGGUCCCUCCUCCACGGGGACCACCAAGAGGGUCUCCACCACCUCCCCUCUGACAGGUCCCUCCUACCCUGGAACCACCCAGAGGGUCUCCUCCCCCACCAUUCUGACAGGUCCCUCCUCCACGAGGACCAGCCAGAGGGUCUCCACCCCCACCCCUCUGACAGGUCCCUCCUCCACGGGGACCACCCAGAGGGUCUCCACCACCACCCCUCUGACAGGUCCCUCCUCCACGGGGACCACCAAGAGGGUCUCCACCCCCACCCAUGUGACAGGUCCCUCCUACCCUGGAACCACCCAGAGGGUCUCCUCCCCCACCAUUCUGACAGGUCCCUCCUCCACUGGGACCAGCCAGAGGGUCUCCACCCCCACCCCUCUGACAGGUCCCUCCUCCAUGGAGACCACCCAGAGGGUCUCCACCCCCACCCCUCUGACAGGUCCCUCCUCCACGGGGACCACCAAGGGGGUCUCCACCACCACCCCUCUGACAGGUCCCUCCUCCACGGGGACCACCAAGGGGGUCUCCACCACCACCCAUGUGACAGGUCCCUCCUCCACGGGGACCACGAAGAGGGUCUCCACCACCACCCCUCUGACAGGUCCCUCCUACCCUGGAACCACCCAGAGGGUCUCCUCCCCCACCAUUCUGACAGGUCCCUCCUCCACGAGGACCAGCCAGAGGGUCUCCACCCCCGCCCCUCUGACAGGUCCCUCCUCCACGGGGACCACCCAGAGGGUCUCCACCACCACCCCUCUGACAGGUCCCUCCUCCACGGGGACCACCAAGGGGGUCUCCACCACCACCCAUGUAACAGGUCCCUCCUCCACGGGGACAACCCAGAGGGUCUCCUCCGCUACCACUCUGACAGGUCCCUCCUCCAUGGGGACCACCAAGGGGGUCUCCACCACCACCCAUGUGACAGGUCCCUCCUCCACGGGGACCACCAAGAGGGUCUCCACCCCAACCCGUGUGACAGGGCCCUCCUCCACGGGGACCACCAAGGGGGUCUAUGCCUCCACCAGUGUGACAGGUCCCUUCUCCACAGGGAACACGCAGAGUGUCUCCACCCCUACCACUCUGACAGGUCCCUCCUCCACGGGGACCACCAAGAGGGUCUCCACCCCCACCCGUGUGACAGGUCCCUCCUACCCUGGAACCACCCAGAGGGUCUCCUCCCCCACCAUUCUGACAGGUCCCUCCUCCACGAGGACCAGCCAGAGGGUCUCCACCACCACCCCUCUGACAGGUCCCUCCUCCACGGGGACCACCAAGGGGGUCUCCACCACCACCCAUGUGACAGGUCCCUCCUCCACGGGGACCACCCAGAGGGUCUCCUCUGCUACCACUCUGACAGGUCCCUCCUCCAUGGGGACCACCAAGGGGGUCUCCACCACCACCCAUGUGACAGGUCCCUCCUCCAAGGGGACCACCCAGAGGGUCUCCUCCGCUACCACUCUGACAGGUCCCUCCUCCAUGGGGACCACCAAGGGGGUCUCCACCACCACCCUUGUGACAGGUCCCUCCUCCACGGGGACCACCUCCAGCACAGGGGCGGGCACCAGAGCCUCCGUAUCCACCCGCAUGCCUGAGCCCAGCACCUCCUCACUGGGCACCACCCUCGGCUCCUCCAUGGCCACCUCCACAGCCACGGUGUCCUCGCAGAAGACCCACACCUCCAGCACCCCGUUGGUCACCACGUCCCCAGACAUCGGGUCCACGGCCUGUCAGCCUCGCUGUGCCUGGACAGACUGGCUGGACCAGAGCUACCCGAUGCCGGGGGCCUCUGGGGGGGACUUCGAGACCUAUGCUAAUAUCCAGGCGGCCGGUGGGGCCAUCUGCCAGCAGCCUCUGCAGCUGCAGUGCCGGGCCGAGGCCCUGCCUGAGGAGGCCCUGCAGGAUCUGGGCCAGGUGGUGCAGUGCCGGCUGGAGGAGGGCCUGGUGUGCCGGAACCGAGACCAGAGUAGCCUGAUGUGCCUCAACUACCAGAUCCGCGUGUUCUGCUGUGACCACAGCCACUGCCCCAGCCCCGCCAGUCCCACGUCCACCACGCCGGCCCCCUCACCCUCCACCAUCAGCACCAGCACUGGCAGUCUGUCAUCGAAGGUCACCACCCAGACGCACCUCUCCUCCCCAGGGACGAUCAAGAGGGUCUCCACCCCCACCACUCUGACAGGUCCCUCCUCCACGGGGACCACCGAGGGGGUCUCCACCCCCACCCGUGUGACAGGUCCCUCCUCCACGGGGACCACCCAGAGCAUCUCCUCCACCACCCAUAUGACAGGUCCCUUCUCCACAGGGACCACCAAGAGGGUCUAUGCCUCCACCAGUGUGACAGGUCCCUCCUCCAUGGGGACCACCGGGAGGGUCUACACCUCAACCACUGUGACAGGUCCUUCCUACUCUGGGACCACCCAGAGGGUCUACACCUCCACCAGUGUGACAGGUCCCUCCUCCAAGGGGACAACCCAGAGGGUCUCCACCCCCACCCGUGUGACAGGUCCCUCCUCCACGCGGACCACCGGGAAGGUCUACACCUCCACCACUCUGACAGGUCCCUCCUCCACGGGGACCACCCAGAGGGUCUCCACCUCAACCACUGUGACAGGUCCCUUCUCCCCUGGGACCACCGAGAGCAUCUCCACCCCUAGUCCCUCUGCCUUCCCGGGGUCCCCACCCAUGACCACCAAGCCAGGCUUGCCCAGUGUCUCUCCUACGGGUCCCCUUUUGACUUCCCCCAUAUCGACCGCCUCCUGGUCCCCACCCACCACCUCUUCCUGGUCCGGGGUGGCCUCUGGCAGCCCGGGGACCUUCUCCAUCUCCACUGCCUCUCCCAGCCCCACCACAGCCUGCCUUUGCCACGCCUUCGGAAAGUUCUUCCUACCAGGGGACAUCAUCUACAACAAGACCGACGGAGUGGGCUGCCACUUCUUAGCCAUCUGCAACCAGCGCUGUGACAUCGACCGCUUCCAGGGCGCCUGCUCCACCCCCUCACCCUCGGGGACCUCGGCCUCUGUUCCCCCAGACACCCCAGUUCCCGGCUGCAAUCGCAUCAUCCCACCCCGACAGGUGAAUGAGUCCUGGACCCUGGAGGACUGCACAGUGGCUCGGUGUGAGGGUGACAACCGUGUCGUCCUGCUGGGGCCGAAGCCGAUGGGUGAAGUCGUCUGCGUGAACGGGCACCUGCCCGUGAGAGUGCAGAGCGGGGAUGGGCCCUGUGACUACAGCUACGAGUGCCAGUGUGAGAGCCCGCCUCUGGGGGCCCGUCCACACCCCCCAGGCUCCUGCAGCGGCUGGGGGGACACCCACUACGAGACCUUCGACGGCACCUCCUACUCUUUCCUGGACAAUUGCACCCACGUCCUCAUGCGGGAGAUCCGGCCGCGCCACGGCAACCUCAGCAUUCUCCUGUACAACCACUACUGCGAGGCCGCCGCCAGCUGCCCCCGCGCCCUCGGCGUCCACUAUGAGUCCAUGGACAUCGUCCUCACCACCACCCCUGGCGCCGACGGGCAGGAGGAAAGCCUGAUCCUGUUUGGCCAAAUGCGGGUGAGGCAGAGCUUCAGCAAGAACGGCCUGACCGUGACGGCAACGGGGGCCACCGAGAUGAGCAUCGAGAUUCCCGCCGUCGGCGUGAGAGUCAUCUUCAACGGGCGGGUCUUCCAAGCCCAGCUGUCCUACAGCCACUUCAGCUACAACACCGAGGGCCAGUGUGGCACCUGCACCAACAGCCGCAGGGACGACUGUCGCCGGCCUGACGGCACCACGGCCCCCACCUGCCAGGACAUGGCCCAGUCCUGGCUGGUCCCCAACAGCAGCGGGGAGGGCUGCUGGGCACCGACCGGCCUGCCCCCGACCGCCAGCCCCCUGUCGCCGGCACCCAGCACACCCACCUCCACUCCGUGCCCCCCGGAACCCCUCUGCGAGCUGCUGCUGAGCCCGGUCUUCGCCGGGUGCCACGGCCUCAUCCCGCCCGGCCCGUUCUUCAGCACCUGUGUCAGCGACAGCUGCGGGCCCAGCCGCCCUGAAGCGCUCUGCCAGAGCCUGGAGGCCUACUCGGCGCUCUGCCGCGCCCGGGGCGUGUGCCCCGACUGGCGCAACGCCACCAGCGGGCUGUGUGACCUCACCUGCCCGCCCACCAAGGUGUAUAAGCCGUGUGGCCCCGUGCAGCCCAAGUCCUGUGACUCCAGGAGCCAGAGCCCGGCGAGCAGGGGGCUGGCAGAGGGUUGCUUCUGUCCCGACGGCCACAUCCUGUUCAACUCACACACGGACGUCUGUGUGCCCGAGUGCCCCUGCGUGGGACCGGAUGGGUUUCCCAAAUUCCCCGGAGAGCGAUGGGUCAGCAACUGCCAGUCCUGCGUGUGUGAUGAAGGCUCCGUGUCGGUGCAGUGCGUCCCUGUGCAGUGCGAGGCCCGGGACCAGCCACAGGAAUGUGGCUGGGCCGGCUUCGUGGCCCAGACCAGGCCCCUGGCCGACAACCCUUGCUGCAUGGAAACUCUGUGUGUCUGCAACACGAGCACGUGCCCCCAGAGCCCACCCAAAUGUAGGCCGGGAGAGGAGCUGGCCUGCACCCAGGCGGAGAACAGCUGCUGCCCCACCUUCAGCUGCCGGCCUCAGCUGUGCACCUACAACGGCACCGUCUACGGGGUCGGUGCAACCUUCCCAGCGGUCAUUCCCUGCCACACGUGCACCUGCCUGUCCGUGGACACCCGUGACCCGACCGUGCAGUGUGAGGAGGAGGCCUGCAACGCCACUUGUCCCCAGGGCUUCCAGUACUCGAGGGUGGCCGGGCAGUGCUGCGGGGAGUGCGUGCAGACAGCUUGCCUCACGUCCGACGGCCGGCUGGUCCAGCCCAACGAGACCUGGGUCAACAGCCUCGUGGACAACUGCACGUUGUACCACUGCCAGGCUGAGAACGGGCCCCCGAUGCUGACCCCGACGCCCGUCGCGUGCCCGGACGUGUCCAGCUGCAGGGGCAUCCUCAGGAAAAUCGGCUGCUGCUACUCCUGUGAGGAAGUGGACUCCUGCCAGGUACGCGCCAGCUUGACGGUCCUGCGACACCGGGGCUGCGCCACCCAGGCCGCCGUCAGCGUCCCCUUCUGCGAGGGCUUCUGCCCGGGAGCGUCCCGGUACUCCACGGGGGCCCAGGCCACGCAGUGCCCGUGCAUCUGCUGCCAGGAGACCAGGGCCCACCAGGAGGUGGUGACCAUGCAGUGUCCCAACGGGACGGCCUUCCAGCACACCUACACCCACGUGGACGAGUGCAGCUGUGGCCCAUCCUGCGUCUCCUCGGCCCAGGCUCCCGAGGACAGCACCCCCACCUUCCCGAUCUAUGGGUCCACCGCUGUCUGACGCAUUCUGCCCCCCCCUCACACGCCCACCCCACCUGGAGCCAGAACACGCAGCACCCGACCACAGAAACCGCAGGAGCCUACGCACACCUCCUGUGAAUACCACUGCCCCCGCCCACUUUACACCUGCCCCAGGUGAAACCCAGGCCCUGGAGGGUGACAGCGUAGUGGGGGUCGGCUUGAGGAGGACCCCAGGCGGGGGGCGCCUGCCCUCAGAGCCCCUCCUGCCUGCUUUGGCCACCUGCCUGGCCUUCGGGACCUGAGCCUCAUCCGAAACACAGGCACCCACUCCACCCAGGCUCACCCCCGUCCUGGGGUCAGAGGGACGCCCCGGAGAAAACUGCACACCCACCACUGUGCUGCUCCCACGGCGGGCCUGUGUGCCCCCCACGGCCCCUCGAAGCCCCGUGGCGCACAGGUGCCCGCUGGCUACACCUCCUGCAGCUGAGCGCACACUGAGGCCUGUCCAGGCAAGGCCGGCUACCUGCUCACGUCUGGACCGCGGCCUGAGGCUACGAGGGCCAAGGGACGGGCCCCGGCGGGGUCGGCACCCCACAGCACCCCCUCUGCUCACCCAGCCCCCGUCUUUGAAAAUAAACAGCGA